GACUCAUAGCUGUAACUGCAAACAUUUUAACCGCACUCUCCGGUUUGCAUUGUUUUGUUUAUAUCGAGAUUUCUUGGUUUAUUAUUUCGCAAUUCUAUUUAUACCCAAAUUUUAAAUUGCAUUGAUAUUAUCAACUAUGUGAGUUAAGCUGUUGAACAGUAAGUUGCAAGAAUCAGCAAAAACAGAAAUAUAAACAAUCUCUUUCUGCAUGGAAACAUGAAUACUAUUAGAUAGUAAUAAUUUUACACUCAACUAACUCUCAAGAUGACUUCAUCAACGUCUAAAAAAGAAUCUCUGCCUACUGUUUCUCAGAUCAAAUCGGAUACGAUAACCCAGCUCGCAAAUAAGUAUUGGUCGAGUCACAUUUCCAAAGAAUGUCUUCAAUUCGAUCCUUCUAUUAUUAACGAUAUUUACAGCGAAGAAAUUCUCUCCUCAAAUUUCGCUAUUCGACGCAUUAUGCUUCUGGAAUUCAGUCAAUACCUUGAAAAUUAUUUAUGGCCAAAUUAUCAGGGAAACGUUACUCACGCUCACAUGAUGUCCAUAGUAAUCAUGGUGAAUGAAAAGUUUCGUGAGAGAGUACCUGCCUGGGAAGCAUUUAAAUCUAAACCUGAACAUUUCCCUAAGUUUUUUAAGCAAGUUUUACAUGGUAUUAUGGAUGAAAAAAUUUCCAAAAAGGAAAAGACUUGCUUGCUAGUUUUCCUGAUACAUUCUUUCAAUAGCUGUGAAGUCGAAUUGAUUAGAGAAAGUAUUAAAAAGAUUGUAUCACUGGCGAUCUGGAUUAAUAUUCUUCCAGAAAGGAGAAAUCAGGAAUUCAAAAAGAGUUCAUUUCUACUCAGGUACUGGAAUAAAAUUAAGAAGAAGGAUAAAAGUCUGAGUGAAGAAGAUUUAGAAAAUGUAAAUUUUGAAAGGAAAUUCAUAUUUAAUUUGAUAAAUAAUUUUUUUGACAUUUUAUAUGCUAUUCCUAACGUGGAAAAGAGUCCAGAAUUAGACAAAGAGUUGAUUGAAAGUGUUCAUUAUUGUGAAAGAUUCACUGAACUUUUAAUUGAUUUAGAGGCUCUACCUUUAACUAGACGAUUCUGUAAUGUCUUAAUUGACGACUGUCACGUUGUCGUUAAAUGUCAAUUGUCAAAUUUACCUAAACGUGUUGAAGGCCGACUUUUCUCUCAACUGUUAGAUAUUUUGAAAUUUUAUUCCCGGUUUGAAGUUAAUGAGUUCACUGGCGAACCUUUAACUGACAAUGAUAUGAUGCUUAUUCAUUACGCUUUAUUUAAAAGUGUUCAAAGUGCAGCUUUUAAAAAAAAGAUUCCUGAAUUAAAACAAUUUUAUUUGUCAAAUGUCAACAGCAUAGAUACUCGUGAAAAUCUUUCUAGAGUGUUUUUGUCAUUAGAAAAUUCAACACUACAUGAUAUGGCUGCAUUUGUUAAACUCUUGCCAGUUGUAACUGAUAAAGAAAAUUCUUAUGAUAAUCAGUUUUUAUUGGAGUUGUUAAUAUCUAAGCUAGAAAAAAGAGAUUCCCAAUUGGAAGCUUUGAAUCAAAUGCCCCUCUAUCCUACAGAAAAAAUUAUCUGGGAUGAAAAUGUGGUUCCUACAGAAUAUUUUUCUGGUGAGGGCUGUCUUGCUUUGCCAAAGUUGAAUUUACAAUUUCUUACCUUACAUGAUUAUCUUUUCAGAAAUUUCAACUUAUUUAGGCUGGAAUCUACGUAUGAGAUACGACAAGAUAUAGAAGAUGCAAUUAAGAGAUUAAGACCAUGGCAGACAGAAGUUGGUGAUGUUAUGUUUGGGGGCUGGGCUCGCAUGGCCCAACCUAUAACAAUAUUUUCAAUUGUUGAAGUCGGAAAACCCAAUAUUGGAGAAAAGCAACCAGCAUGUGUCAAAGCAGAUGUAACUGUAACUUUAAGUACCAGAUCACAAAUUAAGUCUGAAUGGGAAGCUUUGCGAAAACAUGACGUCUGCUUUUUAGUCACUGUUAAGCCAACAUGCUUACCUGGCACUGCUUACAAUCCUAAAGAACCGUUUCUUUCUCAAGUUGGUAUGGCUUAUAUUAGAGGCUGCGAAAUUGAAGGUAUGUUAAGUCCUACUGGAAAAGUUAUUGAAGAAGGCCCUGAACCUAAACCUGAGUUUGAAGGUGAUAAAAGAACUUUCCGAGUGUGGUUGGAUUGUAAUCAGUAUCGUUUGGACAUGCUGAAUGCUGUAGGUGGUAGGGAAGAUGUGUAUGAAACAUUUAAUAUCAUUAUUCGAAGGAAACCUAAAGAAAAUAAUUUCAAGGCUGUAUUGGAAACCAUUAGAAGUUUAAUGAAUACAGAUUGUGUUGUACCGGAUUGGUUGCAUGAUAUUAUUUUAGGACAUGGAGAUCCAGGAGCUGCUCAUUAUUCCAAAAUGGAAAAUCAAAUUAGCGAACUUGACUUUAAUGAUACUUUUCUUAGUAUAGAGCAUCUAAGGAAUAGCUUUCCUGAUACUGAUGUUCAGGUGAAUGUUGAUGAUCCUAAAAAAUUAGUACCACCAUUCAAAAUUCAAUUUUUCCCAAUCGAAGAAAAUUCCGCAGAAAAUGAAGUGCAAAAGCAAAAGGUUAUUGUAACUCCCCAUGUACUUCCUAAUUCUGGACCCUAUUUAUAUGCUCAUCCUAAAAAGAAUAUGGUUCAGUUUACUCCUACGCAAGUUGAGGCUAUUAAAUCUGGAAUGCAGCUUGGCCUUACUAUGGUAGUUGGACCUCCUGGUACCGGAAAAACUGAUGUUGCUGUUCAAAUAAUUUCUAACUUGUAUCACAACUUCCCAAAUCAGAGAACUCUUAUUGUCACUCAUUCUAAUCAAGCAUUGAAUCAGCUUUUCGAGAAAAUCAUGGCUUUGGACAUUGAUGAACGUCAUUUACUUCGUUUAGGUCAUGGUGAAGAAGCUUUAGAAACCGAGAAGGACUUCAGUCGAUACGGUCGAGUUAAUUACGUCUUAGCCAAACGCCUCGAACUUUUGGAUCAUGUACGAAAACUUCAAGAAAGUCUCGGUGUGGCAGGUGAUGUUUCUUAUACAUGUGAAACUGCUGGACAUUUUUUUAUGUAUCAUGUGUUAGCUAGAUGGGAAGAAUUUCUAAGUAAAGUGAAACCAGGAAGAGGUAAAAAAGUUGCUCUAAACUUAGUUGCAGAUUGUUUCCCCUUUUCCAAAUUUUUCGAGAAAGCUCCUCAGCCUCUAUUUAAGGGUAAAACGUAUGAAGAAGAUAUCGAAAUUGCAGAAGGCUGUUUCCGUUACAUAAAGAAGAUAUUUUCUCAGUUAGAGGAAUUUAGAGCUUUUGAGUUACUUCGCAGUGGUUUAGAUCGUUCUCAGUAUCUACUUGUUAAAGAGGCUAAAAUCAUAGCAAUGACAUGUACACAUGCAGCUUUAAAAAGAAAAGAAUUAGUAGAACUUGGAUUUACCUAUGAUAACAUCUUGAUGGAAGAAUCAGCUCAAAUUUUAGAAAUUGAAACUUUCAUUCCACUUUUAUUGCAGAAUCCUAAGGAUGGGUUCAAUAGACUUAAACGCUGGAUUAUGAUUGGUGAUCAUCAUCAAUUACCACCGGUUAUAAAAAACAUGGCUUUUCAAAAAUAUAGUAAUAUGGAGCAGUCGUUAUUUACGAGGUUUGUCAGAUUAGGAGUGCCAACUAUUGACUUGGAUGCUCAAGGCCGAUCCAGAUCUAGCAUGUGUGAACUUUAUAGGUGGAGAUAUAAGAAUUUAGGUAAUCUUCCACACGUCCUGAAUCUUCCAGAGUACAAAACAGCCAAUGCUGGAUUUUGGUUUGAUUAUCAGCUCAUCAAUGUGGAAGAUUUUAAUGGUGUUGGAGAAUCUGAACCUAACCCUUACUUUUAUCAGAAUUUAGCAGAAGCAGAAUAUGCUGUUGGUGUGUAUAUGUACAUGAGAAUUCUUGGUUAUCCAGCUGAGAGAAUCUCCAUUCUUACAACAUACAAUGGACAAAAACAUCUAAUUAGAGAUGUUGUCAAUAAACGAUGUGCUAACAAUCCCUUAUUUGGACGUCCACAUAAAGUGACAACUGUUGACAAAUAUCAGGGACAGCAAAAUGACUAUAUUCUCUUAUCUUUAGUUCGAACGAAUGCUGUUGGUCAUUUACGAGAUGUUAGAAGAUUAGUUGUAGCUAUGUCUCGUGCACGUCUUGGCUUAUAUGUGUUUGCUAGAGUAUCUUUGUUUCAAAAUUGUUAUGAAUUGUCACCUGCUUUUAAAAUACUGAUGAGGCGGCCUCAGCAACUUCACCUGUAUCCUCAUGAAGUAUAUCCAUGCAACAGAAAGUGGGAAGACAAACCAUCUGGAGAACCAUAUAUUAUUAAUGAUAUGCCCCAAAUGGCACAGUUUGUGUAUGACUUUUAUCAGCAGAAACUAGAACUGGUAAAACAACAUGUACAAGAAACACAAUUUGAUGAAUCACGAUCAUAAAUAGGAACAAUGUCAUUGUGUAUGUAAAUAAUUCAAUAAGUUUAAUCAUCAAAUCAUGUGUAUGAUGUUGAUCAUGUAUAUGGUAUUAAAAUUUAUUUUUAAAGUUCA